AUCCUCCUCUUCCCAUUCCACUCUCUCACUCUCUCUAAUCACAAUUUCGACACUGAUCGGUACUCUCUAGUGUCCGACUCGUCACAGUUUUAGCGAGAGAGACAGAGAGCGAGCGAGGGAGAGGAGGAUGGGUUCCACUUCCACGGGACCGGUGAGCGGGUUCGCGGCGCCGGAGCGGGACAUCGACGAUCUGCCGCGGAACGACGCCAACUACACGGCGCUCACUCCGCUCUGGUUCCUCGAGCGCGCGGCGCUGGCGCAUCCGGGCAGGGCCUCCGUCGUGCACGGCCCCGUGCGCUACACCUGGGCUGACACCUAUCGCCGCUGCCGCCGCCUCGCAUCCGCCCUCGCGCGCCUAUCCGUCGGCCACGGAAGCACGGUUGCUGUGAUAGCUCCUAAUGUCCCGGCUGUCUAUGAAGCUCACUUCGGUGUCCCAAUGUCAGGAGCUGUUGUGAACUGCGUCAAUAUUCGGCUAAACGCCGAGACAAUAGCAUUCCUCCUUGAACACUCCGUGGCAGAAGUUGUGAUGGUGGACCAAGAAUUCUGCACCCUAGCCGAAGAAUCGCUGAAAAUAAUUGGCAAGAAGAAGACAUCGGCUUUCAGGCGGCCUCCAAUCUUGAUCGUCAUCGGCGACCCAACCUGUGAUCCCAAGUCUCUACAGCAUGCUCUGGGAAAGGGAGCCAUAGAGUAUGAAGAGUUUCUGAAAACCGGUGACCCGGAGUUCAGUUGGAAGCCACCGAAGGACGAGUGGCAGAGCAUCGCCCUAGGCUACACUUCUGGGACUACUUCCAGCCCAAAGGGCGUCGUGUUGCAUCACCGCGGUGCUUAUCUCAUGGCACUCAGCGUUGCCAUCGUGUGGGGGAUGCCUGAAGGGGCUGUCUACUUGUGGACUCUGCCCAUGUUCCAUUGCAAUGGUUGGUGCUACACUUGGGCGCUGGCAGCGUUCUGCGGAACAAGCAUAUGUCUUCGCCAGGUGAGCACAAAAGCCAUAUACGAAGGCAUCACGAAGCAAGGAGUGACGCACUUCUGUGCCGCACCUGUCGUCCUUAACAACCUGAUCAACGCUCCGGCAAGCGAGACCUUCCUGCCGCUGCCCCGCGUCGUCAGUGUCAACGUGGCCGGAGCCGCCCCGACGCCGUCCCUGCUGGGCGCGCUGUCCAUCCGUGGGUUCCGCGUCACGCACACGUACGGCCUGUCAGAGACGUACGGUCCCUCGACGGUGUGCGCGUGGAAGCCCGAGUGGGACGAGCUGCCGCUGGAGGAGCGGUCCCGCCUGCACUGCCGACAGGGCGUCAGGUACAUCGCGAUGGAGGGCCUGGACGUCGUGGACCCCAAGACGAUGGCGCCCGUCCCGGCCGACGGCAAGUCGUACGGCGAGAUCGUGCUGCGGGGCAACGCCGUGAUGAAGGGGUACCUCAAGAACCCCAGGGCGAACGCGGAGGCGUUCGCGGGAGGGUGGUACCACUCGGGCGACCUCGGCGUGAAGCACCCCGACGGGUACGUCGAGGUGAGGGACCGGAUGAAGGACGUGAUCAUCUCCGGAGGGGAGAACAUCAGCAGCCUGGAGGUGGAGAAGGUGCUGUGCGCGCACCCGGCGGUGCUCGAGGUCUCGGUGGUCGCCAGGGCCGACGAGCGGUGGGGCGAGUCGCCGUGCGCGUUCGUGACGCUCAAGGACGGAGCAGCAGCCGACGGGUCGGACGAGGCGGCGCUGGCCAACGACAUCAUGCGCUUCUGCCGGGAGAGGAUGCCGGGGUACUGGGUGCCCAAGUCGGUCAUCUUCGGGCCGCUGCCCAAGACGGCCACGGGGAAGAUCAAGAAGCACGAGCUGAGGGCCAGAGCCAAAGAGCUCGGCCCUGUGAAGAAGAGCAGGAUGUGAGAGAUCUGGGGGCCGACGGCGAUAGCGUGUGAUGCCAUGGCAACAACUCAGAAUCUUGCUCCAAGUCGCGCAUAUAAAAUUCAUGAGUUCUGAAGAUGCCUAAUAACUUGAGUGCUUUGCUUGUAUCGUUCUGAAACCAGAAGUUCAGACCAGAUCCGAUAUAUAAGUAAGAACUGUAUCA